CACUAAGCCACUUGCACAUAGAGUAUGGACGAACACUACACGGACUGACUGUUAGCCAUGUCCAGAGUUGAGGCCUUUGGGGAUUUCGACGCCCGGUCCAAGCUAAAGGAAUUCCGCACUGACAUUUCCAUGGCGAUUGAUGAUCCUUUCCCACUACUCUAUGGGUUGCUGGACAACGACAUCAUAAGCGACCAGCUUCUGAAGGACACCCUGGAGAGGGAGGCACGAGAGGGGAUCCACAAGGCCAUGUACUCUCUGCUCUCCUGGCUCUUGGAUCAGAGUCGGACCGCCAUCCAGGCCUUCUGGACAAACGCAGCUAAGAGCUACAACCGGGACCGGUAUCCCAGACUGCAGGCCCUUCUGACCAAGAUACAGCCAUGUAGGGAAGUGGUUGGCUCCAAGCAGGGGAAGAGGUCCCCUGGGGGGCCUCGGGGGUCCCAAAGCAGGAAGAGAAGCCUGGGGGAGAAACACGCCUAUCAGCCCCAUCACGCUCAGCACGAAGACAAAGGUGGUAAAGUCAAGUCAGCGAGGAAGAGUGAGAGUGCUGCGACGGUCUCUCAGAUACCCGUGGGAAAGGCAGGGGUCCAGGCAGUGUCCGCCUCGGUACAAAGGGCAGUAACUCUGUCAUCCACUGAGCUGCCUGUCAGCUGUGAGGCCAGAGAGAAGAUCCUCAUUAAGCAAGUGUUUGGAUCUGGAAGUGCCAAGAAGUGCAUUAAAGUGGGUGGAGAGUGUUAUUCAUCCCAUCCACUGGAUGACGUGACCCAAGGAUCCAACUCAAAGACGGCUUUGACUAAACACCACCACCAGGGGGAGCCCAUCACCAAGGCCGAGCGUAAUGAUGAUGAAUGUGCGGUGUGCAAGGAUGGAGGUGAGCUCAUCUGUUGUGAUGGCUGCCCUAAGGCCUACCACCUGGUCUGCCUGGACCCCCCCCUGACCACAAUACCAAGUGGCACUUGGCGAUGUCAGUCAUGCCGUAGCAGCAAGGUAAAACGGGAUAGAAUCCCGUCCGUGGCGUCUACCCAGUCCUUGGCUCGGGGCCAGAUGACAGAGACUAGUUCUACUAACUCCACCAUAGAUUUCUCCUUCUUCUCCUCGUUGUCAUCCGCCUCCCUCUCCGGCGGCACCUCCUCCACGAGCGGCCAGGUCUCCACAUACAAGUGUGCAGGUGAAGUGGUUGGGGUGAGGGAAGUGUGUGGUUUUUGCCUCCUCGCUGAAGGAGAAUUGACCCUCUGUCUCCAGUGUCUCCAAAAGUACCACACCCACUGCCACUUCUCAAAUGGGAGGUCCAUCUGCACCUCCUGCACCAGGCCCUGGGGCCAUUCAGCAGACCGAGAAGCUGAAUCCAGGGGUUCACAGCAGGUUGCUCCGACUCCACGCAUUCAGGAGCAGAGCUCCUCUCUUUCUGAAUCCCUCCUCCAUAAGGAUGACCUGGACGCCAUCAUGGGAGAGGGCUCCAUUGAUGGAAUCCUGCAGUGGGCUUUCAACAACAUCCCCAGGCCCCUCUCUGACACCCAGGGCUGCUUCCAGUGACACACACAAACACACACAUUCGGACACACACACGGACUGGCGGGCACACACACACACACACACUCACACA